UUGCAAGGAUAUUGUCACGUGUUCGUCCUUGGUGUGGGACCACCAACAUCUUUAUCCUUUGGAUGUGCAUAUCGAGAUUGGUGAAGGAAGCCACCAUUUAGAGAGUAUGAAUGUCAAUGAAGAUUUCAAAAUUUUCAUAGAGAAUAAAGUUGAAUCAUUGCAUGUGCAUGACAAUAUCUCAAUCACGGUCAUACUUCCAGAGGCAUCAAGAUCUUGGUCUGGUGUAAAAUGGUGUCAUGUUGAGAGGUGCCCCAAGCUGCACAAUCUCUUCCCUAGCUGGGAUGGAUUUAUGAGCUUUAAAUCAAUAAGGAUAUUUUCAGCAUCUGAUCUCCUGAUGGCCUAUUGCAUCUGGGGUAGAGGCAUUUUAUAUCACGCUUACAACUAUGAAGACCUACAACACAUAUACUUGCACAACUGUCCUAGGCUGGUGUUCGUCCUCCCCAUUUCUUUCACAUUGCCAAACUUGGAGAUCAUUCAGAUUGCAUACUGCAGUAACCUCCAACAUAUUUUCCCACUGGAUGACAAGUGCCCUCAUUGGAUAGCAUCUGGUGUCACAUUUAAGAAGCUGAAGCACAUCAAGCUGUACCAUCUCCACAAUCUAGAGCAGAUAUGCGGGGCCAGAUCACUGACCGCGCCGGCGUUGGAGACGAUCAGCCUCAGGGACUGUUGGGGCCUCAAACGGCUACCAGCUGUGUCACGCCGAGGUCCCAAGCCGGUGGUGGACUGCAAGAAGGACUGGUGGGACAGGCUCGAGUGGGAUGGCUCUGAAGCCAACCAUGAACCGUCGCUCUUCGAGACACGCCACUCGGCUUACUACAAGAAGACCCUCCCUAGGGUUUCCGUUCUGAGGUAAUCUGGAUCAUGCAAAGGGAGGUCGAUCGGUUUACAUGGACCAUGCAUCAGUCCGUUGGUGUUACAAUCAAGUUGUGAUCUCGCUCGCAUCUCUCUGAAAGUGUUUGUUUCCCAUUGCCUGUCUGUGUGUUUGCAAUUAAGUGUGUUACAAACUCAAUCUGCAGCAUGGUGAGGGUGCUGCUAUCUUCCUGCACAUGGAGGAAUAAAUGGUAUCAAGCAUACCCAUUUAUUCACCAAGCUACAUAUACCUGAUGUGGGUAUGCUUGAUUGGAUUGGUGUGUGAUUUUCAAGCAGCACUGGGUUGCUUGCUUGGUUUCUCCAGCUUGGUGUGGUGUUUACGACCAAGCUGGCUGGUUUAGUCGUGUUGGUUUGUAAUAAAAGGGUUGUGCCUGUUCGUGCAACCUAGCGAGGUGUGUAUUUGUGAUUGAUGAACCAUAAACUGAGCUUU